AUGGCGCGAACUAAGAAAAAUCGCCAAACGCUCGGUGGGCAGCUACAAUCCGCCCGCGCUAAGCACGACACUGCGCUUGAAGCGGAAAUUCUAGGAAAGCUCGCAGACAAAGCAAACAAGCCUCCGAAAGUCAAGAAGCCAAAGACAACUGAUGGCAAGGAAGGACAGACUACUGAAGGUGGCAAGACUUCCAGUCAAAAGAAGGCCCCAAAGGAAAAGAAAGAAAAGCGCAACGGCCUUAAAAAGAAGAAGGAGCUCAAGGCGACGCUCGCUUCAAGCCUAUCGAUUGCUCCUCACAAUGCGGGUGAGUUGAUCAAGCGCGCAAAUUCCCAAUUCACUUUCAGCGAAAUGUUACGGGCAGCAAGUUCUUUGGAUGAAUCGGGUGGUGGAGAUUUCACGGAAGCGGAAUUCAUGGCGAAGGCAGCAGAAAUACGUGAGGUUGGUGCACAGGGCGAAGGAGCAGUGCAGUCAAAGGCUGAGCGCAAGGCUGAGCGGAAGGCCCAAGCCAAGGYCAAGCAGGGCAAGAACAUGACAGGUGUAGAGAAGAAGAAAGGAGAGUCAAGCAGUCGGGUCCCCGAACCUCAGCAGAGUCAUAUCCCAGAAGCUCAGCAAAGUCAGCAGUCGAGCGAAGUCACUCCAGACAAGAUCGCGCUGCCCGGCAACAAUGGGUUCUCGAAGGACUUCUGGAUGGACCUCGCGGGUUCUCGAGAAGCUGCCGCUGUAGCUGCUUUGUGA